AUGUCCGGAUUAGAGUUGGCUACUGCGGCCGUUGUGGGCUCUCAGUUACUUGAUGCAAAGUACCACGUCAAAGAAGAUCUCAUCUUGAUUAAAAACGUUGCAAAGAAGGUCAUUCCUUACUACUACAACGUUGCUAGAGGCCGUGCCAGUUAUUGGUACUACUUCGAGCAUGCUGCCAAGAAGUUCCCCAAGAACAGGGCCGUGGCGUUCCCAAGGCCCAAGGAAAACCCUCCAUCCAUUACCUACGACGCGGAAGGUUAUCCCAUCUAUGAUGAUCAGUUCAGCUUGGAGACCUACACCUACGAAGAGUUGUAUGACAUGGUGCUUAGAUUCAGUUACAUCUUGAAGAAUGAUUAUGGCGUGACCUCUAAGGAUACCAUCGGUGUCGACUGUAUGAACAAGCCGUUGUUCAUCAUCAUCUGGCUCUCGUUGUGGAACAUUGGUGCGUUGCCUGCGUUUUUGAACUACAACACCAAGGAUAAGCCUUUGGUGCACUGUAUCAAGAUUGCCGGUAUCAGCCAAGUGUUGAUUGACCCGGACUGUGCUGAGCCAAUUCGUGCCACUGAGGACAAGAUCAAUAGAGAGUUGCCCAAUGUCAAAUUGCACUACAUCAACGAACCAGAGUUGCUCCGGGUAUUGUCAGACAAGAAUCGUCCCAAGUAUAGAGCUCCAGAUAAUACUAGACGACCUGAAGAUUCCACUUCGUCGUGCUGUGCGUUGAUCUACACCUCUGGAACCACUGGACUUCCCAAAUCAGCCAUUAUGUCAUGGAGAAAGGCAUUCAUGGCAAGUGCGUUCUUCGGAACAAUCAUGAAGAUCGGUAAGAAUUCCAAUGUCAUGACUGCCAUGCCAUUGUAUCAUUCCACAGCCGCCAUGCUUGGUGUAUGUCCUACACUUCUGACUGGAGGAACUGUGAGUAUCUGCCAAAAGUUCUCUGCAUCCACGUUUUGGACCCAGGCCAAGUUGGUGAAUGCAACCCACAUCCAGUACGUUGGAGAAGUUUGUCGUUACUUGUUGAAUGCGAAGUACCAUCCAGACCUGAAGAACCAUAACGUGAAAAUUGCCUACGGAAAUGGAUUGCGUCGGGAUAUUUGGAGAGAGUUCAAGUCGCGCUUCACCAUUGACGGAGUUGGAGAAUUUUAUGCCUCCACCGAAUCUCCAAUUGCCACCACCAAUAUCCAAUUUGGUGAUUUUGGUGUCGGCGCCUGUCGUAAGUACGGAACGUUAAUCACAUCUGUGUUGGGUCUCACGCAGGUAUUGGUCAAGAUGGAUCCAGAUGACGAAAAUGAAAUCUGGAGAGAUCCAAAGUCAGGCUUCUGUGUUCUGGCCGACAACAACCAACCUGGUGAAUUAUUGAUGAAGAUUAUGGACGCCAAGAACGUCGAGGGCUCGUUCCAGGGAUACUAUGGAAACAAGUCAGCCACCAAUGAGAAGGUCAUUCGAGACGUAUUCAGAAAGGGAGACGCUUGGUUCAGAAGUGGAGACUUAUUGAAGAUGGACGAGGAUGGCUUGUUAUAUUUCGUGGACAGAUUGGGUGACACAUUCCGUUGGAAAUCCGAAAAUGUUUCUGCCACCGAAGUGGAGAACGAAAUCAUGGGAUCCAAGGUAACCAAACAGAGCGUGGUGGUUGGUGUGCGUGUUCCCAACCAUGAAGGCAGAGCUGGCUUUGCCGUGAUUGACCCUGUGGAUGGAUUGAGUGACCAAGAUGUCUUGGACAAGGUGUAUGCUCAUGUGAACACUGCAUUGCCCAAGUAUGCUGUUCCACAGUUUAUUAAGAUUGGAGCCAAUGCUAUUCAGGCAUCUCAUAACCACAAGGUUCCAAAGAACCAAUUCAAGAAUCAGAAAUUGCCCAAAGGUGAAGAUGGAAGGGACCUUAUCUACUGGUUGAACGGCAACAAGUAUGAGGAAUUGACUCAAGAUGCGUGGGCUCAGAUCAUGAGCGGAAAAUCUAAGCUUUAG